CCGAGUUUGGUUUACACUUUACCGACCCUUUGAUGUUUUGAUGAAAGAAUUUUUUUAUAUUAUCAUACUAUUAAACCAAUUUGGAAUAUGCCAUGGUAAAUAAUGAAGAAUAGGACGAAUGGUUUCAUGUUGUUUCUGCUUUGUAUCAUCAUAGAAAGAGUAAAAAGCCUGAAUGACAGCCAGACUACAAUUAACUGGAAACCAUUGAAACCGCUUUUAUUCAACAAGGAUGUCAUCCUUAAAUGCUAUAUCAAAGAUUGUUGUCCCGAGGGAACACAGUGGACAGGAGGGAAAACCAACGCACUCCUUACAUUAGGACGAGUGUCGAAUAAUAAGGCCAAAUAUAAGGAGUCAUGGGGUGUUGAUGCAUCCUACCUAACAAUAAAAAACUUUGGAAUAGACGAUGGAGAUAGCUUGUAUACUUGUUUUCAUGGAUUUUUGAAAUACUCAAGAAAUCUCACAAUUAAGGAAAAUGACUUUGCGCUGAUGCCUUCAGAGAAAACUUUAAAAAAGAAUUUUACUGUAAUAAAUGGUUAUCUGAAUGCAAAUGUUGAAUUCUUGGAAGUUUACCCUAAACCAGUAUGUAAUGGUUCAUUUCAGAAAUUAGAUAUCACAGAACACAUAACCAGUGACUUUUAUUCAACAACAAGUCUAUUUUUCAAUGGCAAGUUAAAUAUUUCCCAUCGAAUAUGCCAGCACAAGAAAUGUUCAGGAACCAUACAAAUCGACUGCACAAUCGGAAUGAAUGAAUUCAAAGUUUUUGAAGCAAUAGCAGAUAUUCAAUUGAAAACAAUUUAUACAACAACAGAUAAUAUGGUUAUCUUAGGUAUAACUGCUUUAGCAACUAUAAUUAUAACAGUUAUACUGACUGUUUUUGUAAUACAACUAAGAUCUGUCCAUCAGCGAAGGAAAAAUAAAGAUCAAAGGGAGCCUAUAAAGGAAGAGAAUAUACUCAAAGAUCAAAUGGAGCUAAUAGAGUUAGUAGAGGACAAUGCUAAACCCAAAGAUAAAUAUACGACAGAUGAAUCAACAUUAAAUAAAAAGAAAGAAGAUCCAGAAUAUGUUGAAUGUGUUGAAUUAUUGUGCAAAACUUAACAUGCAGCAUUAUGUCAUGGUGGUUUUUUCGGGACCUGUAGCAGUUUGGUGACGAAUAUUUUCCUGUAAAUUCCAAGCUGUUAUUGUUGUUUUAUUUUUUGUAUAUAUAUAUAUAUAUAUAGACGAAAAAAUAAUUUUCACAUGUGUAGAUGUAUAUAUUCAUUAAAUCAAAUAGUAAAAUAAGCUAUAAAGUUAUCCUGAAGAGUCCCAAUGGAAGGAUGAAAUCGAUUGAAUGGAACUGUUAACUUUGUAGCUUAUUUUACCAUUUUAUUAUAUAUAUAUAUAUUUUAGACACUAUAUAUAUAUGUAUAUAUAACUCGUCUUAACAUUAACACAAGAAUGUUAGAUCUGUAAA